CGCUACUAAUAAAGAGGUCGUACCAUCUCACGUGAAGUCACAGAUGUCAGCGAGAAAGAUGCCGUUGCUAUCCUAGUUGAUCCUUAGAUUCUUGUUCUGCACCACCGUCUGUUCUGGUACCGAUGCUGCUGCUGAAGAGAACUAGCUAUAUGGACACAUCCACUUACAAGAGUGCGAAGUUGCGAACAAGGUAGUAUCGAAAACAGUGCUCUGGGGAUGGCUUUUGGAUCCCUGGCCGCGCCGGCCUUCUUGUUGGGGGUUGUAGCUGCCUUUUUCCGACCCACAAUACCUUCCAGAAAGAAAGGCUUGAAGGGGAAGCCUCGAGAUGGCUUCAAGUUGCUACCAGAGCUCGCCGAGGGCAAGCAUGAAGUAGCAUGCUACGACCUGUGCAAGAUCUUUCUGAUGGAGGACGCCAACUAUCCCUGCUGGAUCGUCUUGGUUCCCCAGAUCAAUGAUGUGAAGGAGGUCAUUGAGCUGUCAGAUACGGAUCAGAGGCUGCUGUGGGAGGAAGUGGCUCGGGCCAGCCGGACACUGAAGAAGGAGUUCGAUCCCGCCUGCAAACUCAACAUCGCCACCCUUGGGAACGUGGUGUCGCAGCUUCAUGUGCACAUCACCCUGCGAAUCCCAAGUGAUCCAGCCUGGCCAGGACCGUGCUAUGGCGCGCUGCCCGCCACGCCUUACACUGAUGAUGCCCUGACAGCGUUGCUGGCAAAAUUGAGGGCAGCUUUCUAAGGAGCAGGGUGCAUGUACGGCAAUUUUUGGACUGCAGUGUCCCAAAAGAGGCCAUCAUUAGCAGGGGUGCUUCAGUGCUGGAAGCAAGGAGGCAGAAGUGCUAUAGAAGAGCAAGGAGACAAUUGUUGGUUGACAUCAAGCUCGUCUGCUGAUGGGGAUAGCAAUCGCGGAUCUGUUCUUGUGAUUUGUAGCAUGUGUGGAUAGGGCAGAUCUUUUAUACUCAAAGCUGCUAUGCUUUUUUUCUCCAGAAAUUUCUGCGAUUUCUGAGAGCUGAAGCUCUUCGAAGCUCUUGAAAGGAUCUGCGAUUAAAAGGUGUUGAGCUCAGCAUCAUGAUGGUAAAGGGAGCAGGCUUUACACCAAAAUUUGUCUUGACAUGACUUAAAUGGAUCCGGAUCAAGAUGGUGGACCUCCAAAUGUAUGUUGUAUGUCCCGCAAAUACCUCAGCUACAGCUAUCAGUCAGUCAUGCAUUGCUGGAAAGCAAAUGUAACAUUGUCACCCGGGGUCAUAAGCUCAUCCUAGUGCUCAAUACCGUGACAACUACCUCGCGGUGAAUUGUACCCGAAAUAUCUAACACAUCCUAUUGGAAAGGUUCAUUAGAGUUCAAAAGAACCGCAACGUCCAUUGCGUUGCAGUCAGAGGUCGAUGAGUCCUGGCACCGUCAACACUGGGUAUUAAAUUCAAAUCUCUUGUGCAGUGGUCCCGUGCAGACCAAGAGCAUUUCUUGUACGCUCAGAGUAAAAUAAAAUCUAAUAUGAAUCUUACUACUCCACUCUCUGGAACUAAAAGGCAUGCGAUGAAAGUGCCAAAAUUCAAUCCGCAGCAUGCCGGCUGCGCAGCCAGUUACCUAAAUAAAAAUUGGACCGCUGUCAUGUGAAUGGCUGAAUCUUGAUUUUGGGCACCAUUUUAUUUACAUGCUCAUCGUUCAAGAGCACACUCCUUAUCGCAGCUUGUGCCUGCAUGGAUUCAGUGACUCAAGGCGCUGCUCAGUCGACCACUUUCUUGUGCACAGCGGGGUACCCCAUGACAGGCUGCUCUGAGGCAGCUGCGGGUGGACCUGCAGACUGAGGCUGCAUUUCUGUGUGGGGUGCGCCAGUGUUGAUGUUGCCAUAGCCUGGUGGGGGAGCAGGAUUGUACGUGUCCUGCACGGGUGGCGCUGCACCUCCAGGCUUUGUGUUGGCACCAGAAACAGCAGCGGGCUGUGAGGCAGGGUGGUUGUGGCUGACAACAUCGGCAUCAUUGACCUUCAAGCCGCAGCAGCACAGACUGACAUUGGCCUUCUCCUUCCUGAUGACAGUCUCACCCACAUCAUCGGGACGAUUCUGUGAGCCCACAUGCCCGCCCCCAAUAUGACAGCAGCAGAGGUCCAUGCGCAUAGCGGUAGGAGUGGACUCGCACUUAAAACAGCAGCAGAAGCACCUGCACAUCGAGUUUCCCAUAUUGCCGUUGCUUCGCAGUCCUCCUCGUCUGUGCUUUAAUGAAACCUAAACCCCAGUAGACAGCGCCUAAAAGAU